ACAGAUAAUCAGAAGGCAUACUUACAUACGCACAUUCUAAAGAAAGAUUAAGAGUGAGUGAGAUAGACGAAACGAAAACAACAAACCUCUCUCUCUCUGUAUCUGCGGAAGUUAUUAUUUCUGCAAAAUCAAGCAUGAGUCGCUCUGAAGAUGCGAAUCCAUUUGCUGCUGAAGACGUCAAUCCAUUUUCGAAUGCAAAUGCAAAUGCUGCCCCUGGAUCAAAAUCCCGUAUCCCUCAGAUGGUUGCUACUACUCUAGGUUUUGGUCAAAAGCAUGAUGCAACUGUUGACAUACCAUUGGAUUCAGACCCAAAGAAAAAAGCAACAGAACUUUCAAACUGGGAAUCUGACUUGAAGAGACGAGAAAAUGACAUCAAACGAAGAGAACAAGCUGUUGCUGGCGCGGCCAUCCCUGAGGAUGAUAGAAACUGGCCUCCAUUUUUUCCAAUAAUUCAUCAUGAUAUAGCCAAUGAGAUUCCAGUCCAUGCUCAAAAGUUGCAGUAUUUGGCUUUUGCAAGCUGGUUAGGUCUAGUUCUGUGCCUUACAUUUAACGUGAUAGCAGUGAUUGUGUGUUGGAUCAAAGGCGGUGGCGUCAAGAUCUUUUUCCUUGCAGUAAUCUAUGAACUUCUUGGAGUACCCCUUUCCUAUGUAUUAUGGUACAGGCCACUGUAUCGUGCAAUGAGGACUGACAGUGCUAUGAAAUUUGGUUGGUUUUUCAUGUUCUACCUGCUCCAUCUUGGGUUUUGUAUAUUUGCUGCUAUUGCUCCUCCAAUAGUCUUCCACGGGAAGUCUUUAACGGGCAUCCUAGCUGCGAUUGAUGUCUUUUCUGACCAUGCACUAGCGGGGAUCUUCUAUCUGGUUGGAUUUGGAUUAUUUUGCUUAGAAUCACUAUUAAGCUUCUGGGUGCUUCAGAAAGUUUACAUGUAUUUUCGUGGGAACAAGUGAUGCGGUGUAUUGAGUUAGAAUGGCGUAUUUGCAUUGGUUACGGCUUGGCUUGUUAUGUGAUGGAUGGUAUAAUACUUGAAUCUUAUAUGUAUGUAUGAUUGGUUAUAGCAACAGUAAACAAAACAUUUUGACUGCAUUUUCUUUUUAUAAGUUUUAACAUUCGUUUGUCUGAUCGAGUAGUAGAAAAAUCAAGGAAUAAGGCUUUUGUUGUAGAAAUUGCUUCCGGGUUUACAACCCAUUUACUAUUGGUUAUAAUUUCUCUUGA